UCCAAACAAGAACCAUUAGAACUAGCUACCAAAGCAAUUCCAAACAAAGAAGAAGAAGAACCCUUUGAAUCGAAAUCUCAUAUAUAGCAUCAUCAAAUACUCAUCAAUAACAAUGUCAAAGAUGCAUAAGAACCACUCCACCAAGCAUCUCCUUCUCGUGGCCUUCUUCGUGCUUUGCUUCAUCUCUCCAUGUGUUCAAGGAAGGAGGUUGAAAGAAGUGGUUGGCAAAGAGAAGCAUGAAGUAGUAGCGGUAGAGGUGAAGGAGCAUAAUAACAAGUUGGAUAAUUUGGAGGUUCCGUCCAAAGAAACCCAUUUGCCGGACGCCGACGAACUCGCCGGAAUGGACUAUGCGGCGGCGAGUAAGAAGCCUCCUACUCACAACUGACUGGCCGCCAGCCGGAGGAACCAAUUUUUUUUAGAUCAGCAUAUACCAUAUAGUGAAUAGAUUAAGAUCUUUGAAGUUGAGAUUAGACACAUGGGAUACCAUAUAUCUAGUUAGUGUAGAUAGAUUAUGAAAUGGGGAUUGGGAAGGAUUAGCUUAGUCACUUUUUUGUUUCUUCUUCUACCCAUAUGUAAAUAUAUGGCUGAGGAACAUGCCCAUUACUUGAAAUGAAAAGGGUUUUGGAAUUCAAUGCAUGUUUAAGAUGAUUGUAUUACUUCCUUGAAACAUAUGCCUAUGUAUACCUAAUAACUUAGAUAGGAUGCU